UAAUUGGGGAUGUGGUCUUUUGUGCGGAGGAGAAAGUUUCAAGAGAGGCAUUAAGCGGCCCGACAGGCUGAUUAAGAGGGACUUCCUUCCUCUGCCGGCGCACUGGUGUGGAGCAGGGUCUGGUUUAUAAAUGCGAGCUAAACACUUCAAACAAACAAGUCUAGUCCAGGACCGCUGGCUCCAACAACAACAGAGGUUCAAACAUGAAGGAUGUAGCGGGACUGUUUGCUGCCGUGUUGGUUCUCCUGGUGGGAGGCACCGGUGGGAUAGAGGCGAAUAACGGAUUCUGCAUUGGGACCAAGUGUUUCGCGGUGGCCCAAGAACCCAGCGAUUUUACGACGGCGCAGAAGCAAUGCAGAUCUAAAGGUGGCCACGUAAUGACAGUGCGCUCAUCUGUAUCACAUGAUGUUCUUUUCAUUUUGUUGGGGAAUUCGACGGGGCGGUUCUGGAUCGGUUUGCAUUUAGGCAGCGGCUGUCCUGACGUUGCUGAAGGGCUGAAGGGCUUCCAGUGGGUGACCAAGGACAGCCAGAGCGACUUCUUCAACUGGGCGCCAGGUUUUGACAGCAGCUGCUCUUCUCGUCGCUGCGUCUCAGUUUCCAGAGCGAGCGACUUUACAUGGGUCCAAGAAACAUGUAGCGAGGAGGCGGCCGGGUUUCUCUGUGAGUUCGACAUCAGUGACCCCUGCACUGCUCUGACGUCUGCUGGUGGCGAGUCAGUCACCUACUCUAUCCCCAUGGGGUUUUCUGGGAUGGAUAUGGCGUCUCUGCCCCCUGGAAGCAUCGCCAUCCGCUUGCCAUCUGAGAUUAAAUACGUCUGCUUCUCAGAGAAGUGGCUGCAGGCGCCCUGGAGCUGCGAGAUAAACGAAGGCGGGUGUGAGCACAGAUGCGCAAUGGACCCACACCAAGUCCCCGCGUGUUACUGUCCGCCGGGACAAACCGUGAACCCUGCGAAUAAAGUCACCUGCGAGGUGGGUUUAGAAGACCCGUGCGAACCCCUGAGCUGCGAGCUCGCCUGUUACCCGACCUUGGAUUCCUACGCGUGCUUGUGCGACCACGGCUAUAGACUGGCUGCGGACGGCAGGUCGUGCUUGGACAUCAACGACUGCACGGACGAGCGCCAGUGUCCCGGCGAGAAUUUCAUGUGCAUCAACACCGCGGGUGGGUUCCAGUGCGUCUGCAAGGCUGGAUACACGAUGACCGGCGGGCUGUGCGUGGAAGAAAACGGUUGCGCGUCCGCCCCUUGCGAGCACAUGUGCGAAAACACUCCCGGCAGCUACAAGUGCUCGUGUUACGAUGGAUAUGAAGUGGAUCCAGAGGCAUCGAACAAGUGUAAGCUCCACUGCGGGGAGAUUGAGUGCCCUGCCGUGUGCGACCCAAAUGACGUGUUCCAGUGCUACUGCCCCGAAGGUUACGUCGCAGAGGAGAGAGGCGACCAGACAUUUUGCAUUGACAUGGAUGAGUGUCAGGAUCUGUAUUGCGAUCAAGGAUGUGAAAACAAAUUCGGCGGCUACGCGUGCUCGUGCUAUCGAGGAUAUGAGCUUGUUGGCGAGUACAAGUGCGUAAAAAUCGAAGGCUACACAGAAGAGACCACAGAUCCAAACACCCCCACAACAGAGUCUGUUUUACCCGACCCAACGAGACGACCCUCGGGGGUGUCAGUGGGGGCUUUCGUGGGGAUAAUACUGGUUACUGUCCUUUUUAUUGUGCUGCUGGUUUUUCUGGCUCAUCACAUCCUGAACAGCAGAGGGAAGAUCCAGAGCGCCAGUGCGCUCACGGCGCGGGAGGAUGAGGCGCACGGUUUACAACGUGUAACCAGUGGCCCUUAAAAACGACAGAGCUAAGACAUGUGCAGACCAGAGCCACCGACACAGAUUCCGGACAGAUUCUGAAAGAGAUGGAGGACAGGGAUGCGGUUACAUCAAAGGAAAGAAAGUCACAAAUAUUUAACGACUCAAGUUUUUCUGAGGAAGGAUUCUCUGCUAUGAAGACUGAUUCAUGUCUUCAAUUCAACUCACAUACAACACAAUCAUUGUAAUAAGAAUAUCACGGAUUUCUGUUUGUUUUUUUAAAUUUGUGCUGCAACUAUUCAAUCAGAAAAAAUGUGAAUAAAGGAGUAGUCUUUCU